AUGGUCAUCUCGCCGAGCAACAAGCAGAAUCGAAGACUCAGUAUGCCACUGAUAUGUCCCAUGCGAUUGCAACUCGAACUGCUGAAGAAGCCUCAAGAUGAUACUAUCUUCGCGUAUGCUGGCGUCAUGGCCAGACGCCUUAGAAAGAAAGCUCGGGAAAUAUUAGAUCCCUGUGACGCUGGCAACGCGACACUGCCACCAGCUAAGAAGAGGAAGACUGCCAGUGAGCAACCCAUGAUGAACAGACAGAUGGGUGUCAGCGAGAAGAGAAAGGCGUCAGCCGGGACCUCAGCGGAAGACCAGGUGAAUCUACCCAACCAGCAGGCGCUUGUGAUGAACAGAGGCACUGAGAACAUUGUCGAAAUCAUACUCAAUUGUGGCAUGAUCAGGAAACUUGAAGAGUUAGAGACUGGCGCCCAUGAAGAAGCUUGGCAGAACCUAGUCGUUAUUUGCUUGAAGCGCUUUGAAUCUACUUGGAGAAGAGUCAAGCACGAACACGUUGAGGCAGUGAAGAGAGAGCUUUCUUCGUCGAUAGAGAGCCCGUGGUACCUGACCAGAGAGGGCAAACAUCACUUCCACAUUCGAGACCACUCCUGGAUAAAUCUUGCUCAAUCUCAUAGCAGCUCCGGAUUCGACCAGUGCUUUGCACAAGCCACGCAGAUGAUGUUGCAAAUGGCAUCUGCGAGAACCGGCUGCAUAGAUGAGAACGGUGCUGCUGCUGCUGGUGAUAGUUCAGCGGAUGAAAGGGAAGAGGAGGAAGUGGCUCGUAAGCAGCUCUGCAUUACAUUCCUGGAGCACAUGCUUGAAUGUGAUCACUUUGAAGGCAUGCUCGGCAGGCUCCUCACAGGGGCGCGCGCGAAGCUACCACUUGAUACGAUCCUGAUGCUGGCAAUACAAUUCGCCUGGGGCAUGCCGCAAGAUGAAUGUCUUUCGUGCGAUGAUUCGGCAGGCGUGCGGUCUCAACUUAGACAGACCCAGAUCUUGAGUGUAGCUGAAUUGGCAGCUGGGGUUGUAUGGAAAGUCAGGCUGAGUUGGAUGCUUGUCUCUCGCGCGUAUCCACUCGGCCGUUGGCAACGUGUCUCGUCCAAGCGUUGGAACUCUGCUUGGCGUCAAAUCGAAGCUGGCUUUUCGACUUCUCCCGCUCAUCCACCAACGCAACUUCAUGCCAAGCAGACCUUUUCCAUUGCGCACUUACUUCAGCAUCUUCACCACCUCCACCCAGGGUGGAAGUUGGAUGUUCCGCUAUUCUUCACCAGCACAUCUCUCCUCCUCGCAUCUGGUCCUGUCGCGUCCGCGCAUCUCGCGUGUCUUCAUCGCGCUCCUGACGCGAACGGAGGCUUCUCGACGUCGCCAUCGAUGACACAGGCCCUUACGAGCUCCAGGCUCAAAGAUUCUGGAAACAACAUCCGGUGUAAUCCACCGCCGACCUCUUUCUCGCGACGCAAAGACGCAGCAGAUCACCCUGGCAAUUCCUCCGGUGAAGCAACUUUCACAAUGAAUGUUUCGGAUCCGCUCUUUGUCCUGCGCAAGGCCUGCGAUGAAUUGGAUCGGUUGGGUGUCACCCAUGAAAUGAUCGAAUUGAGCGACAAGAAGACCACCACCCACAAGAAGAUCAAAUCGGAGCAUGAAGAGUAUGAUGACGAUGACGGCUACCCGACCCCACGCCACUCACCUUCGCCAUGCUCCGAUGAAGAAGCUGCCGAGAAGAAGGGCGCCCCAGGUCGCAAGGUAAGAAUCCUCGCUAAGUUUGGCAGCAAGCAUCAACUCUCGAGCGGAAGGAGGGCGUAUAGCAUACGUCUCUCCCUCAACGUGAGAGAAGCUCUGAUGCUUCUUACUCUGAUCCGGGGUCGUCCCCGCGUACAGAGCAAGGCGCUGGCCGAGGUUCAAGGUAUUCCAUGGAGAGGCAAGCGACCAGCGGUGAUUGCAUAUACCGAGAAGAACGAUGACUUCAUAUUGGAGGUCAUGAACAGGCACGCGAUGUCUUCAGGCGGUCAAAUGAUCCCUCUAGGAACGUUGACUGCGCUGUACAACGAGAAAUUCCCCAACGAAGAGGGUCGUAGUGCCAGAGGGCUUGACAGCCACAUUCGUCGCACCACACGCUUGAAGGAGGCAAAGCAGAACCUUUGCGGCCGCGAAGAAUAG